AUGGGCUGCGCCAUGAGCACCACCGGCGAGAAGGAGGCCGCCGAGCGGUCCAAGAAGAUCGACAAGGACCUCCGCGCUGAUGGCGAGCGGACCGCCAGCGAGGUCAAGCUCCUGCUGCUCGGUGCUGGCGAGUCUGGCAAAUCCACGAUAGUGAAACAAAUGAAAAUCAUUCACGAGACGGGCUACAGUAGAGAGGAAUGUGAACAAUACACGAAAGUAGUAUACAGCAAUACAAUACAGAGUCUAAUGACGAUAAUCAGAGCUAUGGGGGAGCUUAGGAUCGAUUUUGCUGAUCCUAAUAAAGCGGAUAUGGCGCGACAAUUUUUCACCCUCGCAUCGGCGGCAGAGGAAGGUGAACUAACUGGGGAACUAGCGCUAUUAAUGAAGCGAUUAUGGCAGGACGCGGGUGUCCAGCUCUGUUUCACGCGUAACAGAGAAUACCUGCUCAACGAUUCGGCAGCGUAUUACCUUAAUGCACUUGAUCGCAUAGCGCAACACAAUUACAUCCCGACACAGCAGGAUGUUUUGCGAACGCGCGUCAAAACCACAGGAAUCGUGGAGACGCAUUUCUCCUUCAAGGGUUUACACUUCAAAAUGUUUGAUGUUGGUGGUCAACGGUCCGAGAGAAAAAAGUGGAUACACUGUUUCGAGGGGGUCACUGCAAUCAUCUUCUGCGUCGCUCUGAGUGGUUAUGAUCUAGUGCUAGCAGAGGAUGAGGAAAUGAAUCGUAUGAUAGAAUCGAUGAAAUUGUUCGAUUCGAUUUGCAAUAGCAAAUGGUUCGUCGAAACAUCGAUUAUACUAUUUCUGAACAAAAAGGACCUAUUCGAGGAGAAGAUUACCAAAAGUCCGCUCACUAUCUGCUUCCCGGAGUACAAAGGUGCCAACACUUACGAAGAAUGCGCCUCUUAUAUUCAAAUGAAAUUCGAGAAUCUGAAUAAGAGAAAGGAUCAGAAACAGAUCUACACGCAUUUCACGUGCGCCACAGAUACGUCCAAUAUACAAUUUGUGUUUGAUGCUGUAACAGACGUGAUAAUCAAGAACAACUUGAGUAAUUGUGGUUUAUUAAGCUAAGUAUUCAAAUAUAUUUGAUCAGAGAAAACUAUUGGGAAACACAAAGUAUACAUCUCAAUACAUGUUGACGAUUCGUAGAUCUUUGUCACAGGGAAAAGAAAAAGAGACUGAUCAAAAAUUCUAAAAAAUAUACCACGUAUUGUUUAUGUUUAAACACGAAUACAUAUUCAAUCAUUCGAUGAUUUAUUCACAUAUUAGGCUCUUGAAAUAUUCUAUUGCAGUGUGACGUAACUUUUUUAUUCUAUUUUAGUUUUUAAUGAAUUGUUCUUUGUACAAAAUUCGUAAAUUUGUCGAGAUUUCUAAUAUGAAUAUGCUAUUUUUUAACUUAUUGGGUUCUAUUUUCGGUGAUUAGAUUAACAAAAUAUUCUCAUAUCACGAACAAAUUAUUCACAAUACUCGCGAAUCAAAUGAUAAAGCAUUUCACAUUAUUGCUAAGAAUAUUUGUUUUUAUCUACUAUUUAUAUUUUUAGGAAAUUUAGUAUUUUUGUGCAUUGACAUCAUUAAUUAAUCAUACUUUUUAAAAAAUUUUUAA